AUGGACGACAGCGUCUUCUCUCCCUCCCACCGCCCUCCUCCGCCCAGCGUGUGGGAGGCGGCCCGUUUCAAGGCUGCGUCCAAGCGGAACCAGAUCGCAAAGCUCGCCCGCCACAUCGAAUGCGAGCGCCUCCGCUUCCGCCGCUCGCCCCCAGGGGCGCUUGAAGAGGCGGCGAGCCCACCACGCAAGGCCUCACCACCACCACCUGGAGGCGUCUGGGCGGACGCAAAGCGGCGCAAGCCGUGGGUUCGGCCUCUCGAGGCCUCGCAUCCUUUGCCUCGCGGCCGCUGGGCCUGUGGCACUCCCCUCGCCGAGCGGCUGGCCGAGUCGGAGGCGGCGGCGUUCGAGAAGCUGCAAGGGGAGUGCCUGCAGCUCGAGCGCGCGGACGUCUGGUACUCUGCCUUCUCGGCGUGCCAGGUUUGCAGCGGGCGGAUCUUCUCUGCCUCUUCCGACCCGGUAACGCUCCAGUUCGGCGUGUGCGGGUGUGUUGUGGCCUUUGAGAUGGAGCUGCAGGCGGCGACGGUCGCGCCGCCGACGCUCGCGCCCGACCCGGCGGUCCUGCUGGCCAAGAAGGCCCUCAAGGAGCUCGACCUGCUGACCGUCGCCAUGACCGCCGCGCCCCUCCUCCACUCGAUCCUCUCCGCCGCCACGCCGCCCGCCCGGCGCAAGGGCAACAACCAGAGGCGACCUCCAGCCCCGCAGCCAAGACGGCGUCGAGCGCGGCGCGGCAUGCCCCGUGAAGCCCGCGAGGCGAUGAAGGGCUGCGGAGCGCGCCGCGGGGCGACGUGCCGCGCGGCGCACCGCCAGUCAAACAAGGCCCGCCGCUUGCGCUAG